CAGUUACUUAGUCUUCAGAUUUUUCUAUUUCAAUAUUACUCAAACAUGGAAGUGGAACGAACAAUCCCAAUGGAUAAGAAUGCUCAUGAUGCUGAGUUAUUAGAGAAUUUGAACAGAAUGAGGGAGAACAAAAUGUUCUGUGAUUUUCUCAUAAAAGCUGGAUCUGAAGAAAUUCCAGUUCAUAAAAAUGUAGUUUCAGCUGGAUCAGAUUAUUUCAAGGCAAUGCUGUCUCAUGAUACAAAAGAAAGCCAGGCAGGUGUCGUCGACAUAAAAGAAUCAAAUCCAGUUUGCGUUAAAAAAUGCAUUGAUUUCAUUUACACUGGAACAGGAUCUGUAGCUGAUGAGAAUCGGGAAGAGUUAAUGCUCGUUGCUCAUAUGAUGCAACUACAAAGAUUGUGUGAUGGUAUUGCUUCAUUUCUUGAGACUGAUCUGAGCCCAGAUUCAUUUGUAUCUACUAAAAGAAUCGCUCAUAUGUUUGAGUGCAAAAAUUUGAUAGAAUGUUGCAAGACAUAUAGUUUGGAUAACUUUUGCUCGAUUGCAAAUUCUUGUGAUUUUAAAUUCCUGGAACAUGACUACAUAUCUUUUCUUAUGGAGUCAAAGAAUACUAAGGCUUCUGUUGCUGACAAAUGCAAGGCAUUGUUAAUAUGGACGCAACAUGAACCAGACAACCGUGCCAAGUGUUUUGAGGAAAUUUUCAAAACCUUUGAUUUGUCCAAACUGAGAUUUGAGUAUGUGAAAUAUUUGGUGGAAAACGAGCCACUGGUUUUCAAUUCUGCUACGUGCUUGAGACCCAUGGUACUCAGAUCAUAUCAAAAGGACAAUAUUGAAGCUAAAGAUCAUGUGUGGUCAGGACAAAAGGAAAAAAAUGUAAUUGCAGUAUUUGACAAAACUUCCAAAUCGAUUCAAGCGUUUGAUCCGGUGCAAAAGAAGUGGACAAAAAUGCAGACAAUUUUUGAUGAAAUUGCAUCGAAGCAGUUUGUCGCUGUGGUUUUGGAAAGUGACUUGUACAUUCUGGGACGUGAUGGCUCAUGCUUCGUUUUGAGCAACUAUUCCGAGCCCUCAACUGUCUGGAGAAAACUUUCUAACCGUAAACACACCGGAAGAUUGCAAGCAGUGGCAUUUCAAGGGUCACUUUACGCUCUCGACGACUCUUCCGAUACUAGUAUUGCAGUUGAAAAACUAACCCCUUCAGAAGGAUUGUGGUCACAGUUUACCAAUAAAACUGUGGCUUCACGAGAAUGUGCAGUCACUGCUACCAGAGAGUUCAUUUAUUGCUUCGGAGGUUACAAUGGGAGUACAGUUUUAUUGAACAGUUUGAAACUUGAUCCAUGCGUUCCAAAGUGGCACGCUUUGCCUGAUCUACCGUCAAAAAGAUGUGGUGCUUGUAUAUCUGAAGUUUCUGGAAAAAUGUUUGUAAUGGGAGGAACGCCUUCUCCAGGUUAUCUAGACACAGUGGAUUACUUGGAUUUGAUGACGGAAACUUGGGUCACCGCAACAAAUAUGAAUCAAGCUAGAUAUAAUUUCAGUAGUUGUGAAUUCUCAAGCAGAAUUUAUGUAUGUGGAGGAUCAAAAUCAAGCUAUGAUAUCGAAGAAUACGAUCCUCUUCAAAACUCUUGGAAAGUGAUUGGAACGACUUCGGGAAAAUAAAUUAUCAAUGAAGCAUCUAUUGCCCUAUGCUUAUAUACUUGACUGUGGAGACUUGAAAACAGUUGUGUCAAUUUGUAGAAACUGAAUAACAUCGAAACUCCAUUAUUUGAUAAAAUGCAAAUUAGAUUAAGAUUAGAAAAAUAGUUUUGAGAUUAUGGAAUUAUGUUGACCCUUAUUUUUAUAUUAUAAUACAAAAAUGUUUGAAUGAAACCUGAUGGCAAUACUAGAUUUAAAAAAAUAUUUAAUUAUAUUAGAAAUUGGUAUGAAUAAUCAAAACGAAAGAGGCAGAAGAAGCAGGAAAUAUGUUGUUGUAAUAAAUUCAUUUUUUUCUUGUUUUUCAAUAUUUGUGUGUUUGGUUCGAAACUAGUGCAAAAAUACAAAUUCAGACCUAUUGUAUUUGAUUAAAUCAUCAUUUCGAAAGUGAACAAUUUCAACUAAUUCUAUGUAUAUAUAUAUUCACUGCACCAAUGUUUAUGUGCCUUCAUGAAUCAAUCAAUAUCCAUUAUUGAUUACGUGGCAUAUUCCUGUACACUUAAUUAAAGGCUUUCGGUUUAUAUAAUUUAAAAUAAGUUAGGCACAGUAAUUUUUUGAGAAACUUUUUGCAUUUUUUUCGAAUUUGUAUGGGCUAUCAUUAUGGUGAGCCAAUGCUAAUGUUCUGUCUUGAAAAGCAUAUUCAUGCUGUGUUGUGUGCACUCAGGCCUAUAGGCUAGGUGUGUACAUAUGAGAGAAGUUUGGCGUUCUGCCAAACUUUUACAGAUAGAUCAGUGGUUCCCAACUUUUUAUGGAUCGUGGCCCCCUUCCGGAGGCUUUUAGCACUCUUGACCCCCCUGUUUAUCAUUCCAUUGGUAUUUAUAGUCUUAUUUUGAUUGGUAGAUUCCAAAAUUCAUUAUACUCAAACAAUUCAUGCUCAACAAAGUGAAGUUUAGAAGCAUUGCAGAAGGAAAUUUCUAAAAUUGUGUUGUAUUACUUUCACAAAAUAGCCACUAUGAUUCUCGCUACAGUAUCGUUGCAGUCAUUUUGUGGGGAUCCACUAACACGAAGGCAGGGUAAAAGAGUAUAAAAUAGUCGCACUGUAUUACAAGCUGCCACACCAAAUAUCUGAAUACUUUUAAUGCUGCAUAUCAUUAAUUUUGAAUUGUGCUCAAAACUAAAUAUGUAGUUCCAUCAUCGCUUCACUUGUGAUUUUUUAUUUUAUUACACUUCAUCAUAUUAUUCUGGCAACUAAAAAAAUUGUUCUUAGUAAUUGGUAAAAAUGCCAAGACAGGCUAAGCAUUAUUCAAUAUGAUAAAACUUUUUCACGAUGGCUGUGUAUUAUCUUUGUAAUGAUUUUUAUCUUAUCUUUCACUAACUUUGCUUAAAAAUUUUAAUUUGUAGUAUUCCAAACAUUUCUAUUUCUUAGGAGCUUUUUCUUUCCAUGUAAACCUUCAAUUAAAAUUUCUGCAGCCUAUUUAGGAUUUAACCAAUCAAAUAUAGUUGGACGUUGCCCAUAAACUUCUCACACUUUCUAUCUUAAAAUAGUUUUAUGAAAGUCUUUGCUAUUGGUGCUCUUCCAUUGACAAGUAACAUACAUGCCCCAAGUGGAUUUUAACAUAAUUAAGUACUUUAAAAUAUUAAUGGAAUAAUAAUAUAUUUUAAUCAUUCCUAUAACAUUCUGGUUUCAUUUAUGUUUCAAUCUAUCACUUUUUAUAUUUAUGGUAAUGUACAUUGUCUGAUUAUGUACUCCUAAUUUUUUCACAUUCUAAAGUUAUACUACUCAUUCAAAUUUGGCAAUUUCAUUAAUGGCCUACAAUCAAACUUAGUUAUGGCAUAGUUAUAGUAUACAUGACUUUCUGUGCUAUAUCCCAUCAGUUCAAAAUUCCUAGAUAUUGGAUUUAUAAUUCCAUAUUGUCAAGAUCCUUAUAUAUAUUGGUUUUGAGUAGUUGAGUCGGCUAUGGCUGUGUAAGUAAAUCAAUUUCUAACAUUUUUAAAAUUUAAUUUUCAACAUGACUAUACCAAGUUGAAUCUCUAAAAUGUAUAAAUUCUCCUACUUCUGCAUCACAUGUUUUACUUUAUUCGCAUGGAUGUAAAAUGGCUCCUAUCACGGUGGA